CCUGCUGGUCAGCACGCAGCACAACACGGAAGUGUUUACCCUCCUGUCUAACCCGUUUGGACGGAACGUCUGUAGCAUAUGUUUUCCUUGUAGCACAGGAUGCCGGUUGAAAGCCUGGAGCAGAGGACGGUGGAGGUGCUUGGGUUGCCUGCCGCCGUGGAUGAGGAGCUGCUCUUUCUCUACUUUGAGAAUAAGCGGCGCUCCGGUGGAGGAACGCUCGUCUCCGUGGAGAAGAAGGGGGACCAUGCCGUGCUGGUGUUUGAAGAAGCAGCAGCUGCAACCCAAGUCCUGUCCCAAGAGCACCACGUCCUGCAUAAUGUCGAGCUGAGUGUGAGGAAGCCGGCCUCGAAGGACCGAUGUAGACUCCUGCUGCGGGGGAUGAAACGCACCAGCACCGAGAUGGUCGAGCUCUACGUGGAGAACAUGACGGGCUUGGACCUGCCUGACUACACCCUGUAUCCCUCACCGGGGAGAGAAUUCUUCCUCCUUCACCUCAAGCAACCCUUAUCAAAAGAUUUCCAAAACCUAAGUGCUCACAUCUCUAAGAAGAAACUCGACGGGGCGGUCGUAACGAUUGAACAGGUUGAUCAAACUGACUCGGUCCUGGUGGAGAACCUGCACCCUGGCACCACUGCUGACCUGCUGACUUUGUACUUUGAGAGCACGCGAGGUGGGGAUCAGGAUGUGAAGGAGGUGACGAUGCUUGCAGAGGGAACAGCCAAGGUGUCGUUUGUCAAUUAUGAGUCUGUAGGCCAUGUCCUGGCUCUCACGCACAAACUGGACAGUCAUGACCUUGUCAUGAAGGCCUACUUUGACUUUCUUCAACCCGCAGAAGGAUUACCUUCACAAGACUCUGCGACUGGAGGACAAAAUGUGCCUCAGAGGAGCUUAAAGGAUAUCCCGAUGCAGACCAGUCCCCCGGCAAACAAACAGACUCCCCCUCAGAUGAAGCCUCGCGUUGCCCAUGAAGCGGUAGAAGUGGCAGCGGAGGAAGUCAUGGAUCAAACGGAGGACGUUGAAUUAGUACUCUCGAGCCAUGUUGCUAUUGCUGACCCUCUAAAACUCUCAGUGCUUCAACACAGCACCUUUCUAAAAGACACUAAAAAGGCUCACCCAAAUUUCACCAUCCACAUCAAAGACAAUGGCGUGCACAUUGAAGGAACUGACAGACAAAGGGUUGAGCAGAUUAAACACAAAAUAUUGGACUGUUUCGGCAAAAUGGCGGAGAUUAAUUUGACUUUUGAGCCAGAAGAGGCUCAGUUCCUGGCAAGAGAAGAUGUGAAACAGCGACUACUUGAAACCGUAAAUCAACCCGCGUCACCUACUCUGUACUCUGUGUCAGACUGUACGGUCUCGGUCACCUCCCUGUCCCUGAACUCUGCUAACCAGUUAUCUAGCCUUAUACAAUCCCAGCUGUGUCACUUCACAGUCCCGGUGGAUGCGGAGCUGGAGACCAUGCUGUACUGCAGAGAGUGGUCAGAGUUCAUGCAGGCUCUGAGCUUCUGCUUGGUGAAAGUGUCCGAACAGGGGGGGAUCAUCGAUGGGUUCACUCUGAAAGGGAUGGAGAGUGAGAAGCAGACGGAAAUUAUGGGAUUUCUAACGACACCCAUUGAAAGGGAGACCGUUAUCUCCAUGGAGCCAGGCAGGCUGAAAUACAUCCAGAUCCAUCGACACCAGCUGAUGGCCGACAUGAACCAGGUGUCCAUCUUUCCCCUGGAGGCAGAGGACGCUUGUGGGUUAAAGAUCCACGGCCAUGCCACCGCUUGUGAAAUGGCCGAGGAGGUGCUGCAAAGCGUGGUGUCCUCUAUCUGCACCAGAACCAUCACAGUAAACGCUCCGGGAGUGACCCGGUUCUUAGAGGAUGCGGAGUGCCAGAGAAUCCUGAAGGAGAUGGAGAAGAAGUUUCAGGUCUACAUCAGUCUGAAGUACGUGCCCUGGCAACACCUGCCGCACCAGGACGUCUUUGACACGGCAUGGAACAUGAUGUCCUGCAGAAACUUCCCCAAAGUGUCUCCAGAUGGUGUUCCACAAGAAUUAAAAGCUGAUUCAACGCAUACUAAUCAAAAUGGAGCUCCAGGUCUUUUAGAGUCUGCAAAGAAAAACGCCUCGGCCGUCGAUGAAGAUCUUGGGGCAAACAAUCUUGAUGACAUGGAUGACGUGGACUUGUACUCAGCAGAGGAACCCACCGCUCUGAUGGACCAGGACUUUUCUGCGACAGCUUCUGAUGCUUCCCAGCCCUCAGCUUCCCAACUCCUGCAGACUGAUAUAGCUAUGGGCCUUUCUAGCGAACUUGAAGAAGAAGCCCAACUGUCUCUAGCCAUCCAAUACUCCAUGGAGACGAGCCAGUAUUCCCUGGAGGAUGAGGAAGAACAGCUGCAAAAAGCUUUGGAGCUGUCAAAGAAAAUGACCCAGCAUGAAUCGUCUUCAAGUAGUCCUGACAAGAGCCCGGCGGGGAAGAAGAGCUUCGAUACUUCCCUGCAGGACACCAUCAAGGCAGCCAACACCCUACAGCUGUUUGUGUUUGCAGGGUAUCCCGCCGACCUGAUCCGGGUGGACAUAGCUUUUGGGAAGAGGGUCACCGGGAGACAAGUGGAGGAGAAACUGGAGAACAGGUGUGUGAGGAACUUGUCCGACUACCACAGGAUAUGUCUGGACAUGAUCAAAAGGAAGCACGCGGUGGACAUUCAGAUCCAGGGCACCAUCAUCACCGUGUCCGGCUUCAAGGACUUCGUGGCUGGAGGAGUGUUUGACGUGAAGCUGCUGCUGGAUAAGAUCUCCAGUUCUGUGUCUGAGCGGGAGAUCCUGAAGAGCGUCCAGUGGGUGUAUCACGACCCGGUCUCCUCAGACACGACUCCUUACUCCCCCGAUGCCACUGUGUUCAUCGAGACGGCCGUGAAGAUGAGGCUGCAGAAAGUGGACAUCCUGCUGGACAAUCAGCCGCACACCAUCAACUUUGAGAAGAUGCAAGAGUACAACAUAGCUACGGGGAAAUCUGUGAAGAUCUCCAGGAAGACGCCCACCUCAGGGGCUCUGGAUGAGGAUAUACCAGAAGAGGAAUACUCUCUGCUGUCGAACCUACCCGAGGUAUCCAAAGUCGACGAGGAGUCGGACGAAUUCCAGAACGUGGUGAAGAACUUCUACGAGACCAUCAAGGAGUAUCACAGCAAAAUCCGAAUCAUCAAGGUGGAGAAGCUCAUGAAUCGACUUCUGUACAACCAGUACAAGUUGAAAAAGGCGAGCGUACUGAGGCACGCCACGUAUCCCGUGAUCGAACAGACGCUCUAUCACGGCACGAGCGAGAAAAGCGUGAAGGAGAUCUGCGUGCACGGAUUCAACCGGAGCUUUUGUGGGAAGAACGCCACCGUCUACGGUCAGGGGGUCUACUUUGCCGUCAACUCCGCGCUGUCCGUCCAGGAGACGUAUUCGCCCCCAAAUGCAGACGGACACAAGUAUAUCUUCGUGUCCAAAGUUCUGACGGGUGACUACACCAUAGGCUGCCAUUCGAUGAAGACCGCCCCGCUGAAGGAGACCGACGAUAUCCCCCUCCGAUACGACAGCGUGACCGACGACAUCACCAAGCCCGGGAUGUUUGUCAUCUUCAACGACACGCAGGCGUUCCCUGAAUAUCUCAUCACCUGCCAGAGAAUCACCCGAGGAUGAGGGAUAAUAACGAGGAGGAGAAAAAAGAACUGCUUUCAUUUUCUGUCUUCAUUGAAAAAAGUGCAUUUGAUUUACAAAGGGCUCAUUUUAGUUAAGUGUACAAUAUUUUUUCUCAUGAUCAGAAUUUUCAGUUUUACUGUUUGGUCAGUUGCUUCUAUUUUAUUAUUUCACCAAUUCUUCCUGAUCAAGAGAAACUCAAACACCUGAACCCAGAAAGCCCAUUAAAUAACUUCAAUCCUGUGCACAAAAAGGCUCAUUGUGUGUUUUAGCAGUUAUUGUAUGUAAUAGUUACACACUCCAAUACAAAUUGCUCUUGCUGUAAGAAGCCCUAUUCUUUUAUAGGGUUUUCCCUUUCCUGUAGUGUGUUGUAUAGGAUUCUGUGCAUGUAAAUGGUCUGCAAAGGCUAAAAUCCUAGUGUUUCUCUUCCACACACACACACACACUCCCACGCCUGCCUGAAACGCCUCCGUUAGACUCCUUUGUUUACCUCCAGAACAUAGUGACAUCAUUAUGCAACACUUGUUCUUCUAUUGGCUAACUCUGCAUGACAUUGUGUGCGAUUGGCUAAGCGGCAAGACAUCUGUAAGCAAUUAACAGAGCCAGCCAGCUAACCAAUCAGAGCGGACUGGGCUCUGGUUUCAGACAGAGGGUGAAAAGAGGUGCUGCAGCACAGGCAGUAUGAGAGAAAUAAAGAGCUGUCUGAACAUUAAAGCAUGGAGACAUGUCUCUUAAUAUACAUAUAAGUGAGAAUAAAAGGGCCGCUCUAAAACGUAUCCCAAAUAUGCUGUGUUAAUGCUUUUUGAAAUGAUUCAAGACAUGCUGCUUCCUUGAUACAGAUAUUUGUAAUAAUGUGACUAUAACAGAGUUUUAAUGUGCAAUUAUUUGGCCUUGUGAUAGUGCUGGAUGCGCUACUGUCUUACAGUUAGGAACUUAAUGCAACAACAACUGUCAUCGGGUUGUGACUACCAAAAAAGUCACAAGACCUAAAGAUGAUCCGUCUCCAUUUAGUUUUUUGGGCUCAGUGGUUUGAGGUGCACUGAAGAUAUUUUUUUGUCAUUAUAAGAAGAUUGUCAAGAGAAAAGCUCAAGCACAAAUGUGGAUAAAGUAAUUACCUGGUAUGUCAGAAAGUCACUGCUCUACUUUAAAGAAAAUGCUUAUAAAAAAUGAUAACACCAUUUACAAAAAUAUGGAAAGUUAUGCCUAAAAUAUAUCUAGAAUUCUUCCCAACAUAAUGGAAACAAGUUUUAAGCUUAUCACAUCUGCUGUGCGAUCAAAAUGAUUGUUUAUUCUUAUUUUAAUAAAGCGAAAUAAAAUGUUUUAAACCUUG